AUGAACUCAGACGACUUAAUGUCCGACCCCGGGCAGUCCGUUAAUUACGUGAAGCCAAGCAACUGGAACACCAAGAAGUUCAACGACGAGUACGAGACGCAGAAGCAUCGGCUCCAGGACCCACGCUUCAGUGUUGCGGAUUACCCCGACCCUCUUGCGCCUCGGUCGCCUCAUCCGAAGCAGUAUCCGAGGGGAACGAAUCCCGAGCUGGAAAGCAAGCUACAAGAGCUGAUUGCUCAGGUCAAAGCCAGUGCAGCUGGCACUGUUCCUUGA